GUCUCAUGCGGUCACGGGGAUGCACACAUACACCUGGCAUAGUGUCAAACUGGUCAGACACCUGACGCUUGGUGCGUGUUUCUUCGCCGAUUUAUUGGGAGAUAUUGAUCAAAUCCGUUAGAAGAUGGGGGCGUGUCUGGCUUUAUGUUCACUUGCCAGCUGUGCCUCGUGUCUGUGCGGCUCUGCGCCGUGCCUGCUGUGUGGCUGCUGCCCCUCCUCCAACAGCUCCACCAUCACCCGGCUCGUCUUCUCCUUCUUCCUGCUCCUGGGGACAGUAGUGUCCAUCAUCAUGAUACUGCCAGGCAUGGAGGCUGAGCUACAGAAGAUUCCAGGUUUUUGUCAAGGAGGCACCUCUAUACCUGGUCUAGAGAAUCAAGUGAACUGUGAUGUCAUUGUGGGCUAUAAGUCAGUGUACCGGAUGUGCUUUGCCAUGGCUUGCUUUUUCUUCUUCUUCUCCGUCCUCAUGAUCCGGGUGCGCAGUAGCAAAGACCCCCGUGCUGUCGUCCAGAAUGGAUUCUGGUUCUUUAAGUUCCUGAUCCUGAUCGGAAUCACUGUGGGUGCAUUCUUCAUCCCAGAUGGAACCUUCAACAAUGUGUGGUUCUACUUCGGCGUCGUGGGCUCCUUCAUGUUCAUCCUCAUCCAGCUGAUCCUGCUCAUAGACUUCGCUCACUCUUGGAACGAGAUCUGGGUGCGCAAUGCAGAGGAGGGCAACAGCAAGGGCUGGUAUGCAGGUCUCCUCGUCUUCACCGUUCUCCACUACGCGCUGUCCUUCGCCUCGGUGGUGUUGUUCUAUGUGUACUACACCAAGCCUGAGGGCUGCACCGAGCACAAGGUCUUUAUCAGCCUCAACCUCAUCUUCAGCGUCGUCGUGUCCAUCGUCUCCAUCCUGCCCAAAGUUCAGGAGUGUUCCCCUCAGAGCGGCCUCCUCCAGUCCUCUAUCAUCACCCUCUACACCAUGUACGUCACCUGGUCGGCCAUGACCAACAACCCCAACCGUGAGUGCAACCCCAGUCUGCUGAGCUUGGUGUCUAACGUAAACGCCACUGAACCCUUCCCUACCAGCGCCCCUGGACAGGUGCAGUGGUGGGACGCGCAAGGCAUUGUGGGAUUGGUCAUCUUUCUCUUCUGCACGUUCUACGCAAGUAUCCGCUCAUCCAGUAAUGCUCAGGUGAAUAAGCUGAUGCAGACAGAGGAGGGCCAGGGCUCCGGCGGGGAGGUGGUGGUGGGCGAGGAUGGCCUGAAGCAUGCCGUGGACAACGAGGAGGAGGCUGUCACCUAUAGCUACUCCUUCUUCCACUUCCACCUCUUUCUCGCCUCCCUCUACAUCAUGAUGACCCUCACCAACUGGUACAGUCCGGACACUAAGACCCAUGUGAUGCAGAGCAACAUGCCAGCGGUUUGGGUGAAGAUCUGCUCCAGCUGGCUCGGCCUGGGCCUUUACCUGUGGACGCUCAUCGCUCCGCUGAUCUUGUCCGACCGUGACUUCAGCUGAGCUGUGUCUGUCUGUCUGUCUGUGUGUGUGUGUGUGUGUGUGUGUGUGUGUGUGUGUGUGUGUGUGUGUGUGUGUGU